AUGGCUUCAUCUUCCUCCCCUGCUCCAUCUUCUCAAUAUCCAAAGCCACAUGAUAUUUUUUUAAGUUUUAGAGGUGAGGACACCCGCGGAAAUUUCACCAGCCAUCUUUGCCAUGCUCUUCGCAGAAGCGAAAUAGAAACAUUCACCGACGACGGAAUUGAGAAAGGAGAUGAGGUAUGGCAAUCUCUUGAGAAAGCCAUUGAAGAUUCAGCUCUGUUCCUUGUGGUGUUCUCAGAAAACUAUGCAUCUUCCACGUGGUGUCUGAAUGAGCUUGCAAAAAUAUUGGAGUGCUGCAAAAAUCAAGGUCACCGUGUUAUGCCAGUGUUCCACAAACAAGCAGAUACUGCAGAAGUGGCGGGAGGCUCUCGCUGA